GGGGCUAGCGGGGGAGAACGAAACUUCGGUUCCUAGCUGAGCGGAGUCACAUUGGGCAGAAGCCGCGGAGGCUUGUGGGAGAAGGGGGCUGGCUCCGGUCUCUCGUCCCCUCCCCCUGCCCCCUCCUUCCCCUCCCCCCCCGCCCGUCCUCCGGCCAAGAUGUCUGACAUGGAGGAUGAUUUCAUGUGCGAUGAUGAAGAGGACUAUGACCUGGAAUACUCUGAAGAUAGUAACUCUGAGCCAAAUGUGGAUCUGGAAAAUCAGUACUACAAUUCCAAAGCAUUAAAGGAGGAUGAUCCCAAAGCAGCAUUGAGCAGUUUUCAGAAGGUUUUGGAGCUUGAAGGUGAAAAAGGAGAAUGGGGAUUCAAAGCACUGAAACAGAUGAUUAAAAUAAACUUCAAAUUGACUAACUUUCCUGAAAUGAUGAACAGAUAUAAACAGCUAUUGACCUACAUAAGGAGUGCAGUUACAAGGAACUACUCUGAAAAAUCCAUCAAUUCUAUUCUUGAUUAUAUCUCCACUUCCAAACAGAAUUCUGAUUUUUUAUGCCAGAUGGAUUUGCUUCAGGAAUUUUAUGAAACAACACUUGAAGCUCUGAAAGAUGCUAAGAAUGAUAGAUUGUGGUUUAAGACAAACACAAAGCUUGGCAAAUUAUAUUUAGAACGAGAAGAAUAUGGAAAAUUACAGAAGAUUUUGCGCCAGUUGCAUCAGUCAUGCCAGACUGAUGAUGGAGAAGAUGAUUUAAAAAAGGGCACCCAGCUACUGGAAAUCUAUGCAUUGGAAAUUCAAAUGUAUACAGCACAGAAAAAUAACAAAAAACUUAAAGCACUAUAUGAACAGUCAUUGCACAUCAAGUCUGCCAUUCCUCAUCCACUGAUCAUGGGGGUCAUCAGAGAAUGUGGAGGCAAAAUGCACUUAAGGGAAGGAGAAUUUGAAAAGGCACACACUGACUUUUUUGAAGCAUUCAAGAAUUAUGAUGAAUCAGGGAGUCCUAGAAGAACCACUUGCUUAAAAUAUUUGGUCCUAGCAAACAUGCUGAUGAAGUCCGGAAUAAAUCCAUUUGACUCUCAGGAGGCUAAACCAUACAAAAAUGAUCCAGAGAUUCUAGCAAUGACAAAUUUAGUAAGUGCCUAUCAGAAUAAUGACAUCACUGAAUUUGAGAAGAUUCUGAAAACAAAUCACAGCAACAUCAUGGACGAUCCCUUCAUAAGGGAGCACAUUGAAGAGCUUUUGCGAAACAUCAGAACACAAGUGCUUAUAAAAUUAAUUAAGCCUUAUACAAGAAUACAUAUUCCUUUUAUUUCUAAGGAAUUAAACAUAGAUGUAGCUGACGUGGAGAGCUUGCUUGUGCAGUGCAUAUUGGAUAACACUAUUCAUGGCCGAAUUGAUCAAGUCAACCAGCUCCUUGAACUGGAUCAUCAGAAGAGGGGUGGUGCACGAUAUACUGCAUUAGAUAAAUGGACCAACCAACUAAAUUCUCUCAACCAGGCUGUAGUCAGCAAGCUGGCUUAACAGAAAACAAGCUUUUACAAAACGUACUUAAGGCAACAGUGCAGUGAUGUAAACCUUAAAAGAACUGGGAAUGGCAAAACUACUGUCGGUUGAUGUGCCCUGAAAUUAUUGGAGUUAUGGCAGAAGUGCUUUUUUGAUCAGCUGGUUUGUGUUUUGCUGCUGCAUUUAUCCCAAGAAAAACAGCUUUAAUCUCCAGAAGAAAACCAAAAUGCCACGGGAUUUAUGCUGUAUUGACAUCUUGCCCUAAACAUACAACAUGAUAAUAAUUUGUCAAGGGCAACUAAUGACCAGAGAGAAGAUUUUUUGUCAUGAUUUUAAAUACACUGACACGUUACUGUUGGUUAAAUUUAAACAUGUUUUACCUGCAGAAAUUCUCUCACAGAAAUAACCUGCAAUAACUUGAAAUGCAUACCCUUUUGAACACUUCCUUUUCUCAUGUAUAAAUUGAUAUGUUUGCUGCAUUUUUCAAAAUGUCAAUUCUCCAAAAAUGUGUCCGUAUAUUUCUGUACCUGCAGCAUAGUAAAGGUUUAGAGGAAACCCCGUAAUUAUAGUGGCAUACUGUCACUUAGGUUUCAAGCAGCAAAAUAAACAGUGCAGUUCAGAAAUUGUA